AGUGACGCGGUUUGUGUACGCAACACAUGCUGCUGAAUGUAGCGUCUUGUUCAGAGCUCUUUUUUUACUGCAGUUAACCUAUAGAUUAUAAUCCUUUGUGCCAAGAUGAUCUCUGCAAAUAUCUGUCGGCGGUUGGGCAAACUAAGAAAUCUCAGGACUCGCCUGUUAUUUUUUCAACUUGGUUCUUCAUACUUCACCACGGCAUGGCUAUCAAAUCAAAUCUCGAAACCUGAUAAAAUGAACAUCAUUCUGAUGGGUCCUCCAGGAGCGGGGAAGACCAGCGUUGGACGUAUUGUGGGAUGCCGUUUAGGAAUGCCCGUUAUUGAUAUUGAUGAUGAUGUUCUUGAAAGGACAUGGGGAAUGAGUGUAGCAGACAAACUCUCGGAGGUCGGUGGAGAUCGCUUCAUUGAAGAAGAAGGUAAAGCAGUUUGUGGGUUUACUGCUACAGGAAGCGUCAUCUCGCUAACUGGCUCCAAUCCACUGCAUCAGGACUCCAUGCAGCAUCUGAAACGCUCUGGACUCAUUGUCUAUCUGGAUGUGGAUGCAGAGGAUAUCAUGCAGAGACUUACUACAAUGAAGGUGAAUAGGAUUGUGGGUCAGGAUGCUGGCGUUUGUAUGCGAGACAUAUUACGGUACAGAAACCAGUUUUAUGAGAAAUGGUUGGAUGCACGAGUACUUUGUGGAAUAGGAGACUCGGUGGAGGAUGUGGCAAAAAAAGUGCUCAAAACUUUGGAUAGAUAUAAUGACUCAGAAUCAGAGAGCUUCAUUUCAACAAGGAGCAUAAACAAUGUUGCAAGCGAUCCUAAAUUCUUCAGUGACGUUGUUGUGGAGGGUCUUGCACCAGACGGGGGGCUUUACGUACCAAAGAACGGAUUUCCCAAACUAGAACCAUCAGAAUGGUUGAGAAUAGCCAACAUGCCAUAUGCCACGAGAGCUAUGGCUAUACUGGAAAACUGUAUCCAUCCUAUGGAUUUGUCCCCUGUAGAACUGAGCGCAAUGCUGAAUCAUGCCUAUGGGCAAAAUUUUUGUAAUAAAUCAGUUGUACCUCUUAAACACCUUUCAGACAAUCAAUAUAUCCUUGAACUUUUUCACGGCCCCACUGCCUCUUUUAAAGAUCUCGCACUGCAGUUAAUGCCACAACUGUUUGCUCACUGCCUUCCACCAAUGUGCAACUACCUCAUCCUAGUGGCCACAUCUGGAGAUACAGGUGGUGCGGUGCUGAAGGGGUUCAGUAAUCUUAAAGACACCGACCUGGAAAGGAUAGGAGUACUUGUAUUUUUUCCAGAGAAUGGUGUGAGUGAAAUCCAGAAACUACAGAUGACCGGAUUUCAAAAGGGCAAUGCCAGGUCCAUCGGUGUCUUAUCCGACUUUGACUUCUGCCAGAAGUCCAUUAAACGUAUGUUUGGGGACUCGAGCUUGACGGGACACAUAGCUGUGGAGUACGCAACGGUUCUCAGUACCGCAAACUCCAUCAACUGGGCUCGAUUGUUACCACAGGUGGUGUAUCAUUGCUCAGCCUACAUGGACUUGCUUAAAAACCGAGUGCUGACGUUUGGUGAUCCUAUUGAUGUUUGCAUCCCUACUGGAAAUUUUGGUAAUGCCAUGUCAGCCCUUUAUGCAAAACAGAUGGGAAUCCCGAUACGGAAGGUCAUAUGCGCAUCCAAUCAUAACUGUGUCAUAUCUGAUUUUAUUGCGAGCGGAGAGUAUGAUCUUCGAGGCAGGAAGCUGUUUGUUUCAAACUCUCCCGCUAUUGAUAUUUUAAAGUCCUCUAAUCUGGAAAGGUUUAUCCAUCACGUAUCCGGUGGGGAUGGUCAUCUUGUGAGAGACCUGUUCUUUAAUCUGGAGAAAGGUCAGGUUUUUAAAGUGUCUGAGGCUUUACUGCAGAAAAUAAAUAUGGAAGUUGAAGCAGGCUGGUGCUCUGAAGACGACUGCUUGAAAGCCAUUCAUGAUGUGCACAGGAGAACAGGCUACAUAAUGGAUACGCACACAGCGGUUGGCAAAGUGGUCGCAAGCCGUAUACAUGACAAUACCUGUCCACUUGUGUUAUGCUCGACAGCACACCAUGGGAAGUUUGCCUCAGCUGUGUUAAAAGCCCUUCGGUGUCAAAAUAUUCCUCAGGACCCUAUUGAACAGUUAGACAAACUCUGCACCAUUGGAGGUCAACAACAAAUGCAUGAAGAUUUGCUGAAGUGCCUGAGAAACAGCAAAGAUCAUCCAUAUAAAAUAUGUCAGGCUGACUUUAAUGUGCUGUCAGAAGAAGUAGAAACUAUGAUACAAGAUUCCUUUAUGAAAGUGCAGUAAGAUGUACAAAUUACUAGAUGGUUUAUCUUUAAACAUCAAACGUAAGACAUGUGCUUUCAUCGUCACUUACCUUUGUUGUGCUUGUGAAGUCCACAAAGAGUCUCUCAUUUGUUAUUUUAAGGUUGGAAAGGGUGAUCUAACCUUUGUGUCCUUCUGUGAAGCCCAUAUUGAUGCAAACCAAAGAUGCUGUACUACCCAAGAUUACAUGCUGUAUAUCCUUCUGCACACACAGUCAAUGGAUGCAAAGUCUGUGUUGUGUAGUUCAGGUGUUUUCAAAGUGUGGGUGGGGACCCAUAUUUGGGUCACACAGUGGGAUACGGUAGGUAGUGCAAAGUCACUAGGCUAUUGCAGUGAAUAACAGCAAAAAGGUUUAGUUCAAUAAAUAACUAGCAAUGACAAUGAUUUUGAUACUGCUUUUAAUCUUACAUUAUAUUUCUAAAAUGGAAAAUAAAAAACUACUUAAUUACAAAAAAGAAACAAAAUGUGUUCGCAAGUGGGUCGCAAGAUGAAAACUUUGGGAACCUCUGAAAAUGUAUAUAAAUUAUAUUUGUAGCGUAGUUGUAUAAAAUAUUUGAAUAUUUUUGUUCUGACAAAGUAUUUUGGAAAAUAAAUGAUUGGAGCUGUAAUGCCUACAAAGCACAUAAAGCAUAACACAGUUGUGUUUUGACUGUUGAGACAAAAACGUGCAUACCUGAGGAUUGACUGUCAGUUCCAGAGCCUGAGUGUGCCUCGUGCAAGAACAACUUUAAUGAAAGGUUUUGAUUAACUUCAAAUGUUGACUAGUAUAUUUCUGCUUUCAAUAGUGGAUGCAUAAUGUAUUUUGAAUGUACAAAUCUGAUCUUGUAAUGUCAACUAUUCUGUGCAUUUCUGAUUUGUGAAUAUUUUUUAAUUCAAGCCCCUCCAUUGUCCACAAUGAUAUUUGAAACCUCCCUCAUUUAGAGUUUCUUCCGAAUAAAAUUGAGCUUGGCAUAACUAGAAAGGUGUAAAAAUUGGUAUUUAAAAUCAUUUUCAGUAAUGUUGUGGCCCUAUUGAAUGUUUAUUGUUGAUUUAUAUGAAACAUAUAAUUUACAGCAGAUCAAUUUCGGUGUACUCACAAGUCCAUCACUGAUUGACAUCACAAUGGUAGCCUUUUUCAUAAAUAAAUGUAGACUCUCUC